AUGAGUGCCAAAAUAGAAAAGAUCAUAGUCCGCCUACAAGGAAAAAUCACCGAAGGCCAAUUCUACGAAGCGCAACAACAGACCCGUGUCGUCGCCGCCCGUUACAUCAAAGCCAAGGACUGGCCCGCAGCCACAGAUAUCCUCUUCAACGUCUGCUCGUCGCUGCUUAAAGCCGGCCAGGGCGGCAGCGGUGGCGACCUAGCGCUCUUCCUCAUCGAUGUGUAUAAACAGGCGGAGCUGAAGCCUGAUGCGGGGAACAAGGGGAAGCUGUUGACGCUGCUGCGAACGUUUGAUAGCGAAGAGCCUACGAGGAAGAGGUUUGUUACUGAGAUGAUUGGGCUGGCGAUUGGUAGAUGGUCUGCGAAAUGCGGCGAGUACCCAGCGGGCGAACCGGAAUUACACCAUGUAGCGGGAUCGCUGUAUGCGGACGAACACGAUGUGUAUGAGGCGGAACGACACCUUGCGCUGGGAACGAAGGAUUCGCCGGAUGUGUUUGCCAGUUUGGAGUACGAGUGGUACACACAGGACGACUCACAUACGGCUGCGCUCUAUGCUGCGCGGGCGGUUUUCCCGUAUCUGCUUACGGGCAAUGUGCGCGAUGCGAACAAGUCACUACGGUUGUUUACAAGCAGGCUGACAGAGGCAAAUAAGAAUCUGGGGGUGCAGGAUGUGAGCAGCAGUAGUGCGGAGCUGCGAAUAUAUCCCAGUUUGCCGCUGCUGAAUUUCUUGGGCUUGCUGUUACUGGCUGUGCAGAAGGGGAGUGCAGAUCUGUUCAGGCAGCUGAAGACGAAGUACGCGGCGCAUAUCAAGGAAGUGGGGAUUUGGGAUGAGGCUUUGACUUCAGUGGGGGAAAUGUAUUUUGGAAUUCAGAGACCACGGCAGGGUAAUCCGCUGUUCGAUAUGAUGGGAAGCAUGUUUGGAGGUGGAGGUGCACCAGCGAAACCACAGCCAAAACGUGUGGGAUCGUCAGCACCGGUAGCAGAAGGUUUAGACUGA